UUCUUUCUCUCUUAUCUUUUCAUAUUUUUUAGAAUCACUCGUAUUUGUAAUUCGCCUAGCUAUGGAUUUUUUUCUUUCGGUCGUUUGUUAUCCUUUCCCAUGAUUUUGGCGUCUUGCGUUUUCUUUUCCGAAUUGUAAACAUAAUCUACGGAACUCAAAAUACUGAUUCAUAGAUGCUAGGAUUGGAUUAUUGUGUUUGUUGCAUUUGUAAAGGGGGGGCUUUCCUGCAAAUUUGUCAACUGGGUUUCUAUUCGUCGUCUUCUUAAAUUAAUCGGAUGUUGGAUUCUCGUACUCAGCUGUUUGUUUUGAAAACCUUUUUUUUUUUUUUUUUUAAAAAAGUUUUGAUUGAAUACUUGUUAUGGGUAGGCUGUAGUUUUAGUGAGGAAUUGAACAUGGGUCAACUUUUGGUGUUGCUAUAAUUGGUUUGAGAAAUUGAAUGAAUGGUUUUUAUAUGUUGCGUACUUUGUGUAUGGGUCUCUGAGUUCAAACUUAGGUUUUGUUUCCUUUUGAUGGACGGGACACUGUUGGUUUCAAUUUGAAAGCUGAAGAUGAAGUGGUGUACAUGCCUUGCACUGUUUAUUUUCUCCUAUUGUUUACUUUAAAGCUACUGCCUAAACAACGGGUGUAAAAAAUCCGUAAGAAGACUUGGAUAUUGAAUUCAAUAUCCACUUUGAUUUUCUGGAGAUAAAGACAAGUCUACCAAUACACAUCAAGAAGUUUGCAGGAAGGUUUUAUGCCUUUAAGUUGUGUUCUAACCGUUUCUUAAUCUCAAUUAUUCAAAGCAAAUGAACAUCUAAGUCUUUGAGUUCUAAGUUAUCAUCAAAGUUAGUUUUUAACACCAUAGACUAGACGUUGGCAACUGUGUUAUAAAGGUCAAUCAAUUUAAACUAUUAUCAGUAGGAAAGAACAAUGAGGUCUAUAGAUUAGUGGAAAUUUCUUGCAUGGAUUAUUUACAUGAUACUUGUCUGUAAUUAGUGUGGAUUUCCUGUCUUGUAAGGUGGAGGAUGGAGAUGAAAGUCCGAGCCCGAGUUCAGUCUGCGUGGAGCCUUUCUCCCCAUGAAGAGUCUUUGAUCACCAGUGUGGUUUUUGCUGGCAUGUUAGUUGGGGCCUAUUCAUGGGGCAUAGUUUCUGAUAAAUAUGGACGAAGGAAAGGUUUCUUCAUUACAGCAACAAUCACUUCUGUUGCCGGAUUUCUAAGUGCUUUUGCCCCAAAUUAUACAUCUUUGUUAGUUCUUCGCUGUCUAGUUGGCGUUGGGUUAGGAGGUGGCCCUGUACUUGCAUCCUGGUUCUUGGAAUUCAUUCCUGCUCCUGAAAGAGGCACUUGGAUGGUUAUUUUUUCAGCAUUCUGGACCAUUGGAACAAUCCUUGAAGCUUCUUUGGCAUGGAUGGUCAUGCCAAAAUUAGGUUGGAGAUGGCUCCUUGCGUUUUCUUCUUUUCCUUCAUUUCUCCUAUUAAUCUUCUACCAAUCUACUCCAGAGUCCCCACGGUAUCUCUGUUUACAAGGUAGAACAAGUGAUGCAGCUAUUAUUUUAGAGAAAAUAGCACGACGUAAUAGAACAAGUCUCCCCCCUGGCAUUCUUGUUUCUAGUCACUCAUAUGAUUUUGAGGAGCAAAGUAUUCCGGUGGAAGAUGUGCAUUUGCUCUCACUAACACAAACUAAAGCUGAAACUUCUCAAGGAACACAAUCUAAUAUAGUGGGUCUCUCUCCAUUGUUAAAGCUUCUUUCUCGAGAACUGCUCGUAUCUACAUUGCUCCUCUGGGUGGUUUUCUUUGGAAAUGCCUUCUCUUAUUAUGGCCUCGUGUUGCUGACCUCUGAGUUGACUGGGACAAGUAGAUGUACGUCUACUGAUAUACAUCUAAAAGAACACGAAGAUGUCAACUACAGAGAUGUCUUUAUCUCUAGUUUCGCAGAGUUACCUGGUCUCGCGUUAUCAGCUGUCAUGGUUGACAAAUUAGGGCGUAAAUUAUCGAUGUCUUCAAUGUUCUUCCUGGGCGCCACAUUUCUAUUUCCCCUAGCAUUUUAUCGGGUUGAUGGCUUAACAACAGCCCUUUUGUUUGGAGCUCGUGUAUGUAUCACGUCUACAUUCACAGUUGUCUAUAUAUACGCUCCCGAGAUAUAUCCGACCUCAAUCCGAACAACUGGUGUCGGGGUUGCUAGCUCUGUAGGAAGAAUUGGGGGAAUGGCAUGCCCUCUCGUGGCAGUAGCUCUGGUUAAAGGAUGCCAUCAAACAACAGCUAUUAUUUUCUUUGAGAUUGUAUUUCUUCUGUCAGGGAUCUGUGUUGUGCUGUUCCCAUUCGAAACCAAGGGACAAGAUCUUCCUGAAAAAAUGUAGCUGAAACUUAGAAAUCACAUUGAUCACAUAGUUCUAAUUGGAUUCGGUCUUGCCCCUAUUACGUCUAUUCAUUAUUUGUUGCUAAUAGAUAUUGUUGGAGAGAUCAUGCCUUUAGUCUCAUCUUACACGUGCAUAAUUCAAGGUCUAGCUAUUAGAUUGAUAUGAUGUCGUUAUUCUUAAACUAUUAGAUUGAUAUGAUGUCGUUAUUCUUAAA